AUGGCGUCCGACUCCACCCUUGGCAACAUCAGCGACACCUCAAACUCCAACUCCAACACCAACACCUCUAGUACGCCAAAUCGGAAAGCAAAGAAACGAGUCGUCUGGCAUUCAAGCAGUCAGGACGUUGGGAAAGGAGAUGGUCCGCAGGAAUCGCCCGCCUCUCCGGAGAGCGGGAGAGGCGAUACCUCAGCCACAGGCGCACCCACGAACCCUACGGAUUCUGCUACCACGGCAGUAGACUCAACUCUAGACUCAACUCCAGCCACGUCUUCGGACAACAGCAGCAGGAGAACCAGUGGAAAUGCAAGCGUGAGUGGGAAUGGCACGCCCAUACCGACGCUCAUGGUACGAGACCACACGUCGUCACAGCCAAGUUCACCUGGGAUGUUCGAUAAGCCACCAGGGGCCCCAGACGCCGUGGAAUUGAGAAGGGCCCUCAAUCUAGUCUUGUCAGAAGAGGAGGAACGGCAUCAAGAUCAAAACUUCCUCUCUGUAGCCACCCCUCGAGCUCCAAGACCCGCCCUGAGACGCAAUACCAGCUAUGAUGCGCCAGAGGAACGCCAGAAGGCCGACCAAGCGGAGAGUCGUGCUACUCCACGUCAACUUCGCUCCAUGAAUGACGCACGCCAACGGGCGGAUCGCUUGGCCGUCUCUGUGGGAAGCUAUUCCGCUCCAGGCUCAAGGCGAAACUCGGAUGUUGAAGCUUCAUUCCAGCCCCUGAUCGCCGACUCAGAUGAUCUUGGGAGCAAUUUUUCUGAUGACGCUACUAUUACAUCGCAAAAUGACCUCGAGAGGGAGAGUGUCAGGCAUCGCACCCCCUAUAGUCGCCGACAACGCUUCCUUGUAGACCAUGCCACGGCAGAAAGCCUGGUCAGGUCUCACACCCAAAAGGGCGGGAAGAGCAAUCUAUUCCAUGAGGAGACAGGCUCAUCUGGCACAAAUACACCGCUGUCCCACCAAUCUUACGCGAGUGACUAUGUUCCCCGGCCUUCAAAGUACAGAGGCGGUGUUCUAUCCUCACUUUUGAAGCUUUAUCAGGAUGAUAGAAGAGCCUCCAGCAACAAUACCAGCGGGCAACUCACGCCUCUCUCACCUUCAACUCCUGUCAUGUCGCCUCGCCCCUCACCUCCGACUUCGAGACCUUCUUCUGCAGCUGGAGGACCCCGAUCAAGGUUUACUACUGGUUUGUUUGCCAAUCACCGGGCCCGUCAUUCGACGAGUUCCCUCACUGAACUUAUAAAGUCUUCCUCGAUGUUUGCCGCCCCGGGUUCCAGCGAGAUCUCCGACCAAUGGUCGGAGACGUUCAAGAAAGAGAAUUCCGAAAAGCCACCCAAGCCGAAGAAAGAGCAGAUUCGAAUUACCGUCCAUAUCGCCGGCAUAAUUUCUCGACACCGAUACCUCCUCAAACUAUGUCGCGCCCUCAUGCUAUAUGGGGCCCCUACUCACCGACUCGAAGAAUACAUGACGAUGUCCUCUCGUGUGCUUGAAAUUGAGGGCCAGUUUCUUUACAUUCCAUCUUGCAUGAUCAUAAGUUUUGACGACAGCACGACACAUACAGCUGAGGUCAAGGUUGUACGCGUGCCGCAGGGCAUUGAUCUAGGGAAAUUACGGGACGUUCAUAACAUCUACAAGGAUGUUGUUCACGAUAAGCUUGGUGUGGAAGAGGCAACACGACGACUCGAUGAAGUAAUGAACAGAAAAGAAAAGUUUCACACAUGGUUCAGAGUUCCAAUGUACGGCAUUGCGUCGGCCUGUGUGGCGCCAUUUGCCUUUGAGGGCCGAUUUAUCGAUCUCCCGGUUGCUUUCAUUCUAGGAUGCAUCGUGGGUCUGCUACAGCUCGUCUUUGCCCCCAGCAAUGAGUUAUACGCACAUGUUUUCGAGGUGUCGGCGGCCGUCAUCACUUCCUUUCUCGCUCGAGGCUUCGGUUCAAUCAACAAUGGACAAUUGUUUUGCUUUAGCACCCUGGCACAAAGCAGCAUCGCCUUGAUCUUGCCGGGUUACAUGGUGCUGUGCAGUUCUUUGGAGCUCCAAAGUCACAAUAUCGUCGCUGGGAGCGUCCGCAUGGUGUAUGCCAUGAUUUAUACGUUGUUUCUUGGUUAUGGAAUUACCAUUGGUGCAUCACUAUAUGGCAUGAUGGAUAGUAACGCCACCAGUGAUACACAUUGCAAGGACCCUCUGGAUCGAGGAUGGUACUUCUUGUUCGUCCCUGGAUUUACCUUGUGUCUUUGUAUUAUCAACCAGGCGAAAUGGAGACAGACGCCAGUCAUGACAAUCAUGGCUUUGGCUGGGUUCUGCGUCAACAGCUACUGCAGCAAGUACUUUGAGGGCAACAGCCAAAUCUCAAACAUGCUCGGCGCCCUUACCGUCGGCAUCUUGGCAAACUUGUAUUCGAGAUUGGGGCGACACAUGGAGAACGCCUGGCUUGAUGUUGUGGAGUGGUGGGAGUAUCGGGUCCGACCAAGAUUUUCGAAACAUCGACGACCUGACUCAGAUACAUGGUCUCUGCCUUCAAUGUCUGAUCCCGAAUCUAGCGCGGUUCCCCCGAAGAAGCAGUGGCGACAACCACGAAAGGUUGGCUACAGCCUCGCUGCUGCUGCUAUGCUUCCGGCUAUUUUCGUCCAAGUUCCGUCUGGUUUGGCUGCUGGUGGAUCUCUGCUUGCUGGUAUUACCUCUGCAAACCAACUCACUGGUAACAGCACAACCACUGUGGACACUAGCGCCAAAACAAUCGGCAACCUCGACGGCACGGCGUUUAAUGUCCUGUUCAGUGUUAUUCAAGUUGCGAUAGGAAUCAGUGUUGGCUUGUUUAUGAGUGCUCUCAUUGUGUAUCCGCUAGGCAAGAGGAGGAGUGGACUGUUUAGCUUUUAA